AUGAGAGCACGUUCUUCAUCAUCGACAAACGCUCAUGCAUCCCUCAUCAUUAUCAUCAUCUCGUGUUGUGAGUGCUCCAAGAUCACAUUCACUCUUCCUGAUGGAAAGCCUAAAGUUUCCACAUCCAUUAGCUAUAAAUGUGAUCGAACAAGAUUUGAAGAUGAAGAUGUUGAAUUGAUGUCAAGGGAUCAGAUUGAGAGGUUUUCUCCUUCCAGAAAAGAUGGAAUUAACGCCUUACACGAAACUCAUUUGUGCUACUAUAACUAUGCGUUUCUUCAGAACCUUGGAAUUCGUCUUGAUCUUGGUUAUGAGCCGGAGAUGGAGGCUGAAGCCAAAGAUUCUGAAGAUGAAGCAGGAGGCAUUUUAACUACGGUGGUAUAUUUUUGA